GUCCAAUCGCUGCAGCCUCGAGAGCCACAUCGCGGGGCAUUCAUCAACCAUCGCAACUGCCUCACCUACACCACCACCGGCGACCUGCACCACCCGAUCGCUCAUAGCGUAUCCGAGUAUAUCCAGAUCAACAGUAACAACAAGCGCCGCAAAAUGGGCUCUGUUAUGCUCCCCCACCUGCCCUCUGGCUGGCAUGUCGACCAAGCCAUCCUGUCAGAGGAAGAACGCGUCGUCGUCAUCCGCUUCGGCCGCGACCACGAUCCGGACUGCAUGCGCCAGGACGAAACGCUCUUCAAGAUCGCGGAGCGCGUCAAGAACUUCGCCGUCAUCUACCUCUGCGACAUCGAUCAAGUGCCCGACUUCAACGCCAUGUACGAGCUGUACGACCCGUGCUCCAUCAUGUUCUUCUUCCGAAACAAGCACAUCAUGUGCGACUUUGGCACCGGCAACAACAACAAGCUCAACUGGGUGCUCGAGGAUAAGCAGGAGCUGAUCGACAUCAUCGAGACGGUGUACCGCGGCGCCAAGAAGGGGCGCGGUCUGGUGGUCAGCCCCAAGGAUUACAGUACGAGGCACAAGUACUAGGCGAUCCUUGUUUCCCUCCGGCGGUGGAAGCUACUCCGGGUCGUGGAUUGUUGGAUGAUGACGGAUUGGUUGCUCGCCACAGCAUCGUCUCCUCACUCUGC